AUGUGGCGAGCAGGGCCACUGGUGAUAUGGCUCGCUGCCGUAUCACUGGUGGCAGUCCUCGCCGGCCCCCAGGGGGGCGGCAGCACGCUGGCGGCGCGCGCGGCCGGCCCCGCCAGGCCCACCACCCUCGCGCCGCGCCGCUCGGAGAAGCGCCCGAGGAACCGGCGCCGCACCACCACCACCACCACCACGAUGGACCCCGAGGACGAAGACGACAUGGACUACACGACACCCCCUACAACCACCACCAUCGAUCCUAGGACUUAUGACCACACGGAUGUGGGGUCGUGCGAGGUUCCGCUGGGCAUGGAGGAUGGGAAGAUCUCCAACGAGUCCCUGUCGGCCAGCUCCAGCUACGACCAGAGCGUCUCUCCUCUGAGCUCUAGGAUUCGAACAGAAAUCCGGGGCGGGGCGUGGUGUCCCAACGGCCUGAUCCUCCCGGACAGCCGGCAGUACCUGCAGGUGGACCUGCACGACGAAUACCUGGUCACCGCCACGGAGUCCCAGGGCCGCUUCGCCAACUCCGUGGGGGUCGAGUUCGUGGAGUCCUACUCGGUGGAGUACUGGCGCGCCGCGCUCAACCGCUGGGUCAAAUAUAAAGACUAUAAUGGGACUAAGCUGAUACCGGGGAACGUGAACACGUACACGCCGCGGAAGACGGUGCUGGAGGCGCCGUUCAUCGCGUCCAAAGUGCGCUUCUUCCCGUUCGCGGCGCACCCGCGCACCGCCUGCAUGCGCGUGGAGCUGUACGGCUGCCGCUGGAAACAGGCGCUAGUAGCCUACUCGGCGCCUAAAGGCGGGGACAUGCAGGCGAUGACUGGCGGCGCCAGGUUCGAAGACCUCUCGUUUGAUGGAGUACUCCGCGACGGGAAACUCUUCGACGGCCUCGGGCAGAUCACUGACUCGUUGACCGGACCGAAUGACUUUGAAUUGCCAGAUCCAUCUGAUACUAGAGGAACUCGCUGGGUGGGCUGGAACAAGACCAUGCUGAUCGAUGACGAGGUGGAGCUGGGCUUCAACUUCACCGACACCCGCCUGUUCCAGUUCGUGGACAUCCACACCAACAACAUGUUCACUAAGGAUGUUCAGUUGUUCAAAGAAGCAGAAGUCUACUUCUCGCUGGAAGGCGAGCGCUGGCAAGAAGACUACGUGUCCUACGAGCCGAAGCAGGACCGCGUCUCUGAGCACGCCAGGGUAGUCCACAUCGACCUGCAGAACCGCACGGCCAGGCACAUCUUGAUCCGACUGCGGUUCCAGCACGAGUGGAUCCUCAUCAGCGAAGUCACCUUCAAGUCUGUGCCAACAGUCGUAAACGCAUCCUCGGAAUUCCUAGAAGAAUACUACCGCACCGACACCCCGCCGUCGUCUCGGAAGAAGCGGAACUCCUCCCUGAGGGUGUCGGUGGGGCUGGCGUGCGGCGCGCUGGUGGGGGGCGGGGCCUUCAUCGCCGCCGCCGCCGUGCUGAUCGCCAAGCGCACGCGCCGCCGCAUCCCCAACGUGCUGAAGAAGCCGUUCUGCCCGGCCCUGCGGCACGGCCACGCGCGCAACAACCGCCGCGCGCCGCGGCUGGCGUUGGCGCUCGCCAAUUGCCCUCCGAUCCACAUGUUAAGGCCGGCGGUGGUCGACGAAGACUACCGCGAGCCCUACAACAUCUGGCGCGAGACCCUGGGCCGCCGGGACAAGCGGGAGCUGCACGACCAGAACGAAUACAACGAAAUAUGCGAAGACCCGGAGUUCCCGCGGCCCUACAUGAUGAAGCGACCCGACCCGCACGAGAGCUUCUACGCUGCCACUGACAUCAUUCACCAUACGUACCCUGACGAGCGUCCGUGCCGCCGCGAGCGCCCCGCGCCCGGCCUGUUCACGUCCAUCAAGCUGCCCGAAGCCGAGCCCCCAAACGGAGUGGCGCCCCUGCUGGACUUCCCGCGGGGGCGCAUGCGACCACUCACUUUCCUUGGCGAGGGCCCACACGGCACUCUCCAGAUUUGCGAGACGGAAGGAAUCGAAGAGCUGAGCGACGAAGAGUCGCCCAGCGGGGAACAACGCCGCCUUGUUGUUGUGAAGACCCUAUGGCGUGGCUGCCAUAGCGAUGUCAAGGCGGCGUUUGCCCGCGAAGCCACGUGGGGCGCCGGACUGAAACACCCUCAGCUCGCCAGGGUACUCGGCCUGAGUCUCCUGGAGCCCCCGUGCGCUGCUCUCGAUCGCGGAGAAAGCCUUACACUGCCGUCGAUAUUGAAACUGGACAGGAAAUUGAGUUAUUCGAGUUUGAUUCACAUAUGCUGCCAGAUCGCCGCCGGCAUGAAGUAUCUGGAGUCCUUCGAGCUAGUGCACAGAGACCUCGCCGCAAGAAACAUCACAGUAAGCGAGAAUUUGCACGUUAAGGUGUCGGACUACGCGAUGUUCUGCGAGGAGUUCGCGGGCGACUACCACGUGCUCGCCGACGGCAGCCGCAUGCCGCUGCGCUGGAUGGCCUGGGAGAGUCUCCUGCUGGGCAUGUACUCCCCGGCCAGCGACGUGUGGUCGUUCGGGGUGACGGUGUGGGAGAUCCUCACCUACUGCAUGGCGCGCCCGUUCGACGAGAUGAACGAUGAUCAGGUGGUGGCGAACGCCAGCGAGUGGCGCUGCGGCGGGCGCGGCGCGCGCGUGCCGGCCGCGCCGCCGCCGCGCUGCCGCCGCGAGCUGUACGACCUCAUGCACGAGUGCUGGCGCCGCGAGCCCGCGCAGCGCCCGCGCUUCCACGACCUGCACCGCUUCCUCGACCGCAUGACGCAGGGCUACAAGCCGCCCAAGCACUAG